AUGAAGGUCUUCGCCUCUAAUUGCACUUUUGACUACUCUUGGGAGGAGGUCUCGACAGCGAACUGGCGGAAAUACUGUCCUUGGAACCAAAAGUCAACCCAUGUCGUGGCUGUGGACACCUUAUCGAGGACGGUAGAGCCGUCCACGGGCAUUCUUCGUACCGAACGCCUCAUCACCUGCAGUCAAUCUGUUCCACGAUGGGUAAUCUCACUCUUCGGAGGAAACUCUUUGUCCUAUGUCUAUGAGGUUUCUUAUGUCGAUCCGAUUGCGAAGAAAGUUACGAUGUGCUCCACCAACCUCACGUGGUCGAAUGUUCUGAAUGUUCGAGAGACCGUUGUGUAUCAGCCUUCCCCGUCGAUGCCCGAUACAAAAACCGAUUUUAAACAAGAAGCUCUGAUUACUGCCCUCUGCAGUGGUUGGCAAAAAAUAAAGAACAAGGUCGAAGAGGCGAGUGUGGAGAGGUUUAGCCAAAAUGCAAAGAGAGGACGAGAAGGCUUUGAGGCUGUCCUCGAAAUGAGUCGGCGAGUUUUCGGAGAGCAGAAAGAGCGCGAAAACCAAAAGAUCGAGUCCUCUUGA